GUGAGGGGCUUCAGGACCUUGGGGCAGCUCCUGAGUUCAGACAGAGUUCAGGCAGGGAGACAGGGGCACAGAGAGACAGAGGUUCAUGGACUGAGGCAUAAGGCUGGGCCUGGCUCAGCAACCCAGGCCUCCCGCAGGCAGGCAGAAGCUGCCCUGGAACCCACGGAGACCAGACCAACAGCUCUGAUGAGCUCCACAGUGGCUGCAGCUGCGCCUGCAGCUGGGGCUGCCUCCAGGAAGGAGUCUCCAGGCAGGUGGGGCCUGGGGGAGGAUCAGACAGGUAUGGCUUCUCCUGGAGGUAGGGUCGGGUUUGGGCCCUUGGGGAGCAGGGUAAGGGCCAGAGGUUUGCAGGGACCACGGAAGGAGCCAGAGCAACUCAGACCCAGCCCCGCCGGCUGUGGGCAAGGGUGGGGUAGCCUGCGGGUAAACCCAGAAUCCUAGAAACACAGUGGGGCGGGGAUGGGGGUUGGGGGCGGGCAGGCUGCAGAGCCAGGACAGGACAGCCCAGCCGAUGGGGAAGGAAAGAACAGAGAAGCGCCCUUAGGGCUUAACAGCACAGAGGUCCCUAGUGGCGUCGACAAGAAUGUUUCUGUGGGAUGAUGGAGCCUGAAGCCACCCACAGAGAAGGGCUGGGAGCUGGGAAAGUGGAGGUGUGAGCGCCUCGCUCCAGUGCCGCGUGUGCGGAGACAGCAGCAGCGGGAAGCACUAUGGCAUCUACGCCUGCAACGGCUGCAGCGGCUUCUUCAAAAGGAGCGUGCGGCGGAGGCUCAUCUACAGGUGCCAGGUGGGGGCAGGGAUGUGCCCCGUGGACAAGGCCCAUCGCAACCAGUGCCAGGCCUGCCGGCUGAAGAAGUGCCUGCAGGCGGGGAUGAACCAGGACGCCGUGCAGAACGAGCGCCAGCCGCGAAGCACAGCCCAGGUCCGCCUGGACAGCAUGGAGUCCAACACUGAGCGCCGGCCGGAGUCCCUGGUGGCUCCCCCGGCCCCGGCAGGGCCCAGCCCACGGGGCCCCACACCCAUGUCUGCAGCCAGAGCCCUGGGCCACCACUUCAUGGCCAGCCUUAUAACAGCUGAAACCUGUGCUAAGCUGGAGCCAGAGGAUGCUGAUGAGAAUAUUGAUGUCACCAGCAAUGAUCCUGAGUUCCCCUCCUCUCCAUACUCCUCUUCCUCCCCCUGCGGCCUGGACAGCAUCCAUGAGACCUCGGCUCGCCUGCUCUUCAUGGCCGUCAAGUGGGCCAAGAACCUGCCUGUGUUCUCCGGCCUGCCCUUCCGGGAUCAGGUGAUCCUGCUGGAAGAGGCGUGGAGUGAACUCUUUCUCCUCGGGGCCAUCCAGUGGUCUCUGCCUCUGGACAGCUGUCCUCUGCUGGCACCGCCCGAGGCCUCUGCUGCUGGUGGUGCCCAGGGCCGGCUCACGCUGGCCAGCAUGGAGACGCGUGUCCUGCGGGAAACUAUCUCUCGGUUCCGGGCGUUGGCGGUGGACCCCACGGAGUUCGCCUGCAUGAAGGCCUUGGUCCUCUUCAAGCCAGAGACGCGGGGCCUGAAGGAUCCUGAGCACGUAGAGGCCUUGCAGGACCAGUCCCAAGUGAUGCUGAGCCAGCACAGCAAGGCCCACCACCCCAGCCAGCCUGUGAGGUUUGGGAAAUUGCUCCUGCUCCUCCCGUCUUUGAGGUUUAUCACUGCGGAACGCAUCGAGCUCCUCUUUUUCCGCAAGACCAUAGGGAAUACUCCAAUGGAGAAGCUCCUUUGUGAUAUGUUCAAAAACUAGUGGGGGUGGAGGUGAAAUGUUUCCAAGCACUCUGGAAAGCAAUCUACUGAAACGAAACAUUUGCCUGCUCUUUGCCCCAGCAGUUCCUCGUAGGUGUGUGUACCCAGCAGAGAUGCCCACCGAAAGAUAUUGUAAGAAUAUUCAUAGCAGCUUUAUUCAUAAUAGCCCCAAACUGUAUAUUGAUGGUAGGAUGAAUUAACAAAUUGUGGUAUAUUCAUAUAAUGAAAAAUAAUUUAAAAAGAAUGAAUUAUGGAUACAUGUGGCAACACAGGUAAACUUCACAGACAUAAAAGCUGAAUGAAAGAAGCCAGGCAGAAGUUCCAUUUAUGCAGAGUUCAGGAACAGGCAAGACUAAUUGACAAUAAUAGGAGUUGGAAUAGUGGUUACUUCUGGGUGGUGGGGGAUUGAUACAGAGGGGGCUCAUGGGAGCCCUCUGGUGUACCAGAAAUGUUGAUUUUGAUCUGGGCAGUGGUUUCACAAAUGUAUUCAUACAUAAUAAUUCAUUGAGCUGUGCACUUUAUUUUGUUAGACCUCAAUAAAAAAGUAAAAACAAAAAAACAAAAAAAAAACAGAAAAACGUUUGGUCAAGGCUCUCCCUUUGAGGACACCGAAGGAAUGAGCGCAAGGUCUUUGAGUUCCAUCUGGGUUCCACUCCAAGUCAGAGACCAGGGGCAAUGAAUUCAAGCCCAGUGGAAAAUCUCCCAUAGAAUUCAACCACCCAGCUUCUCUCCAGAUGGCAUCCCAUCAUCCGCAGCAUCUCAACCUUUAUCUCCUAUCUCCUUCCUCAUCUCCUUCCUAAGUAAAGAACACCUUCCAACUCAACAUAAGGCAGCUACAGGUACUUUUUGUGAAAGGGACUCUUCAUCACUUCUUAGGUCCUUAUGGAAAGAUACAGCUCAGACAAACCUCAUCAUUUUCUUUCUCUCUCUUUUUUUUUUUUGAGACGGAGUUUUGCUCUUGUUGCACAGGUUGGAGUGCAAUGGCACAAUCUCAGCUCACGACAACCUCUGCCUCCCGGGUAUAAGUGAUUCUCCUGCCUCAGCCUCCCGAGUAGCUGAGAUUACAGGUAUGCACCACCAUACCCAACUAAUUUUGUAUUUUCAGUAGAGACGGGGUUUCUCCAUGUUGGCCAGGCUGGUCUAGAGCUCCCGACCUCAGGUGAUCCACCCACCUUGGCCUCCCAAAGUGCUGGGAUUAUAGGUGUGAACCUAAUCCUUUUUGAAGGUGGACCCAGAUGACUGUGAAAAUAAUAUUUUAACAUGUUAACAUAGAUCAGGCAAUGUAUAUAUUAAUAGCAGGCAGUGAGCUGGGCACUUUUUAAAUUGCCAUUUAAUCCUCAGAUUAACUCUGAGGGAAGAGCUAAUUUUCUCCAUUUAUAAAUGAAAAAACUGAUGCUUAGGGAGGACUCAAACCUUGGUGUGACUCUACCUAAUGCUGCUUAACUCUGGCACCACCUUUCCCACUUCCCCUUCACUUUUGGAAUGAAAGACUGAACAAUUCUGUUGCAUUUUCUGCCUUCAAAGGAUAAGUGCUUGAAAUCAAGACAGAAAGGGUCAUGUGAGAAGUCUGAGAAAUCCUAGGGGUUCCCUGUCCUUUGGCUUGUGUUUGAAUUCCCUUAGCUGACAGAAAUGUCCUGUCUACUCAGGAACUCAGAACAGCUAGGGCUGGUGCCAGAGAGGAAAGAGUAUGGCAAAUGCUGCCCAGCUGAAGCCCUUCUUACUUCAGCCCCCAGGCUACUUCAGAUUCUCUCCAACUUUUGAAAGUAUCAGAGUGGCCUCAGUUAAUCGGUCAACUAAUGUCUAUAAUGCCAUUAUACAGUCCAAUUCCCUAUCAAAAGUUUUAGCCAUAUGAGCUAAGCCCUGAGCAAAGCCACCUUAGUAAGACACAUAGUUGAACUAUGACACGACCAGCCCUGCAUAUUUAUCUUACAGUUUGGCUUUGGAGGACAUGGUAAGACUGCAAAGGUAGCCUGCUGAAGUUCCCAGGCUAGCAUCUGGGAUGUGUGAGCACAGCACAUCUACAUUGGGAAGGAGAUUUGAGGGCUCUCCAAGAAGUCUUGGAGAAUUAGAGGAAGUACAUAAGCUGGAUUGUCCGCUGUCAGUCAAUCUGGCAUCAAUACCACCCUCCCCAACUUCUAAGGGCUUUUCUUCAUUGCAGAGAUGCCAGGAAGGAACUACAUUUCCCAGAAACCCUUUCCCCUAGGAUUUGCUAAUGAAAGGCACUCACAGGAGAUUUUUUCCCCCUAAUGCCAAACUGAUUAAAUUUGGCAUUAGGAAAAAGAGAAGCCAUUUUUCUUUGGAGACACUGCAGUCACGUUGUGGGAAAAUAGAUUUCAUAGCAGCCUCCUGGCUAGAAUUGCACUAGCUUCCAGGCAAGCUCUUGAGAACUCUGGAACUUUUAGCUGAGAUUUGCGUUGGCUUUCUUGACCUGUGGGAAUAUCUCUGACCUUUGUUAGAUCCUAAUUUCUGUACUAAGUCCAUCUCACCUGGAAUACAAAAGUGGCCUCUGUUUUCCUAACCUGGUACAGCUCUCAGCAUGUCUUACAGACAAGAAUACAAACUCCUGUUUGUAAACCACCUAGGAUGGUGGCAGCCAUUAUUCAACUUUUUGUUGUAGAUUGGCUCUACAGAAAUUCUGAUGAGUAAUGGCUUUUUCAUUGCAUUUAGGGUCCUUAUUAGGAGAGAAUUUGAAAGGUUUUUUUUUCCCCCCCCAAUGCCAGAAAUAUCUUUGGCUAUGAAGCACCACAGAGGUAGUCCCUGUGGGACUAUCUGGGCCUUUCUUUUCAAAUAAAGCUAGUUUUUAGAUUCACGAGACACUUCUCUACCCACAAGGGGAUAUUUCAAGGUAGGAAGGGCAGGGAAAGACUCAAGGAUGCCGAGAAGCGCAACCUCAUAGUCAAACCCAGGUAUCAUGGAUGACUAGUCUCUAUCUGGUGGACAUCACUGGUGUUCCCCACUAGAAUGCAGGCUUCACAGGGCAGAGAUCUUUUGUUUUGUUCACUAAUGUACCCUAAGCACCUAGGACAAUGCCUGUGGGUGCUACCUGGAAGUGACACACUCCUCGACUGUGAGUCUGAGAUACCUACAAGAUUCAACAGUCAGAUAUUACAUGUACUUUAUCUACUUUCAUGUUUAUAUCAUCUCUGGCUCUAAGACACUGUACUGCCACCCAUUCUAGGAGCAAAAGCAAUUUAAAAAACAAACCAAACCAAAGCUCUGGUCACUUUUAACUUGCCUCUCCUUAUAUACCUUUCUGUUCUCAGGUCUUCAUAAUCACAAUAGUUGUCGACUCAGUAAUCUCAGGGGCAAGUUUUAAGAAUGUAUUUUGGCUGGGUGUGGUGGCUCACACCUGCAAUCCCAGCACUUUGGGAGGCCAAGGCGGGCAGAUCACCUGAGGUCAGGAGUUCGAGACUAGCCUGGCCAACAUGGUGAAACACCAUCUCUACUAAAAAUAAAAAAAUUAGCCAGGCAUGGUGGCAGGCGCCUGUAGUCCCAGCUACUUGGGAGGCUGAAGCAGGAGAAUCACUUGAACCUGGGAGGUGGGAGCUGCAGUGAGCCGAGACUGUGCCACUGCACUCCAGCCUGGGUGAGAGUGAGACUCCGUCUCAAAAAAAUAAAAAUAAAAAUGGUAUUUCUAGGUUCUAUUUGGGCAACCAAGGGAAUUUUAAACAAUUAACACUUCAUAUUUCAAUGUAAUAU